AUCCGCUCGCAGGGGCCACUCGUGCGGCCAAGCCCAAUGUCCCCGGGGCGGGCGCUUGCCGAGGUCGAGCGGUACGACCGGCGGGUACACGACCUUGCGUGGAUGAGCCUAGUUGAUGAUCUUCGGGGUUUGAUUUGUGGCUCGGGGACGCUCGGAAGCCAUACCUCGAGAGCAUUGAAAAGCGAGGCGACCAACAUCAGGCCAAUCAAACCCGAGCCCUGGCUCCUUGAAGCAACGAUAGAUCAGGACGAUCUGUUGGCCCAAAGAAGCACAAUCCUUGCAGCUGUAGAGCACACAAGCCAUGAGAGGAGGGUCACCCGAUAAUCAUCGGGGAUGUAGCCGAGCUUCUCUGCCAGACUGGGGCUCAAGGUCGCUCCGUUGGCAGUCCAAAUCCCAAGGGCAGGCCGGUUGAAUGUGCUCGAAGAGCGCUUUCGUCGGCCGUGCCGGCGGAGAAUUAUCCAGGCAAUAUAGAACUGCCUCCCGGGUCUGUAGAGCCAUGCGGAACGGUCCUCCACCCUUGGACCAGAGAGACCAGCCCUCGGCCGAAAAGUUUGGUUUGGUCCUUGCGUCGCACCUCCACCUUGGCCAUCAUCUGACGCACUGUCCACGGCGGCGCAGUGGAGAAGGUAGCCGGCGGGCGGUCCUUGCUCGACCGUUCCCCACGGUCUCCCAACUCCUCCGGCGGGGGAGGGGAACGUCCCUCCCGGGAACCAUGGUACUCCUUCAGGCAGGAGACGGCGGUGUCCUCGUCAAUAGGUGUGAAGGACGUGUAGUCCUCUCCGCCCAUGUCGACCAUGGCAACCGGCAAUGUCACUCCCAUCUCCUUGCGGGUAGUCUCUCUGCUUUUGAAGGGCGGAGUAUUGCUCCCACCACAGGGAGUUCAGAAGGUACAGGCAGGAGCCCGGCUCUCCGGCUGCCUCAACAAGGGAUUGGAACUUCUGGGCAAUAUAAUCCGGGGCGGCAA